UUGGAAAGGCAUUUAAUGGCAGCAAACUGGCAAUGAAAUCAAUUUAGAUUGAAAGCAGCCAUCAGAAAAAAAUUGAACAAAUUACCAUUAAAUAAAAACUAAUUUGAGUUUAAUGACCCAUUGCUUCAUGAAUUUUUUUUGCAAAACGCGCAAAACUUUCACAGCCAAAAAAAUAAAAAAUAUACACCCAAACUAUUAGCAUAGAAAGGUACCAUUAACCUUUCGAACAUUUGCAAAACUUUUUUGGAAACCAAAAAAAAAAAAAAAAAAAAAAUCUUGAACUCAAAAAAAUUUAAAUGAAAAUUCCAUUGAAAUUGUUGAACAUUUGGCAAAAUGGCAAGCACAAUCAUGCUUUUGAGUAGCGGCAAUUGUCAACCACGGCCCCAAUAAUAACAAUGAUAAUAACCCCAAGAAGAAACGGAAAACAAGUAUUUUGGGAAAUUCCAAACGACACGCAACAACAGCAAUAAUACCAAGAGCAGAGAAAUCUAAAUACAAAACUACCAAAGAAAUAACAUUGCCAAACGAUAGACAAUAACAAGCAAGCAACAAAAACAACAACAACAACACGAAGACAACUGCAACAAAAGUAUCAUUAGAAACGCUAUUUUCCCAAGCUCCAGGGCAUUGCCAUAGAAAGAAAAACAAAUAGCCGUGUUUUGGCUGGAAAAGUGCAACCGAAGUUAAACAAUACCAGCUAUCUCUUGGAACCAAGUUAUUUAGCCAAGCGGCAGCAGCAAAAGUUCUCUCAUCAUCCUCAUCGUGCUUGUCAGCAUCAUGGUCCACAUCAGCGAUGAGACGGUAAACGAGGUGCGUCAUGUGGUGCAGAAGAUAUUGGUACCAUGCAUUUUCGUUAUUGGCGUCCUGGGAAACUCAGUCAGCGUUUAUGUUUUGACAAGAAAACGCAUGCGUUGCACCACAAACAUUUAUCUAACCGCUCUGGCCAUUACGGACAUCUUCUUCCUGACCAUGGGCCUGCUGCUCUCCUUCCAACACUACCAGUACAUACAUCUGCAUGUCAAAAUCUAUUGGGAAUUGUACGGGACCUUUACAUGGCUGUGUGAUGCCUGCGCCUAUAUAUCAAUUUACAUAGCUGUGUGCUUUACCAUCGAACGAUUUAUUGCGAUACGUUAUCCCUUGAAGCGUCAGACAUUCUGCACGGAAUCGUUGGCCAAGAAAGUUAUUGCAGCUGUAACCCUCUUCUGCCUCCUAUCCACAAUGAGUACAUUUUUCGAACACAAAGCCAGCGUCCAGUAUCGUCUGUUGGAUCCCAUGGGCAAGCCAUGCUCUUUAAAUACAGAAUCAUUACCUUCGUCAGCACCAACUUCAUUUCACAUCACAGAGGCUUUGGCAAAGCCUGGUGGCAGUUUUUCCAACUCCAUUGAAGGUAGUGGUGAUGUUACGGCCAGUGGUGAUGUAGACAUAAUAAUGGCAACCUCCGAGGAUAUUGUGGCGAAUUAUUUGAAGCGUAGCCUGCAGCCACAAGAAAAUGAAGCUUUUCCCUCCAUUGUGAACAUUCCCUCCCCGGACGAUGUCCAGCUCAGUCCAUCCAUGGCCUCUGUUCGCGAUUUCGAUAAUCAAAGCCAGAAUGAAUCCCAGGCGCUGGAGCCCGAAGACAGCUGUAAAAAUGUGACCUAUUAUAGCAAUGGUUUGGGCAUAUUGGGAAACAAUGAUGAAUAUGACAGAAUUUGGUCAUAUGUCUCCUUGAUUGUCUAUGUCCUGGUGCCUCUAAGUGUCCUGUCCACAUUCAAUUGUUUUUUGGUGGUGAUGGUGAGAAGAUCGAAUACCCUAAGGGGUAAGAUGACCAAUGCCAGUAGUAUGAGGAAGCCAAAGGACCGCCCCUCCUCAACCUCAGUUUCCCAGGAGAACCGUGUCACCAUUACCCUAAUCGCAGUGGUGGUGUGCUUCAUCAUUUGCCAGCUGCCCUGGGCCGCAUAUCUCAUUGUGAGGCUGCAAAAUAAAGAUUUGGACUAUAAUCUGCAACGGGUGUUGGGCAAUGUUUUCAAUUUCCUCUCGGCCCUAAAUGCAGCGGCCAAUUUCUUUUUGUACUGCGUCCUCUCGGAUAAAUAUCGCAAGACAGUUAGGGAGCUGAUAACGGGACGUAGCAGUCGACGUGAACGCGGAACCCUUACCUCGACCAGUUUGAUGUUCCACAAUGCCAGCCGUUGCAGCUAUCGGCCAGCACCUACCGGACCGCCGGGCAUUAAAUGAGAGUCACCCUUUGAGCCCACAGAAGAGAGCCUAUUUUGAAAUGCUGGGUUGAAGUUCCUCAAGGAAGAAGUUUUUUUUGUUAAUUGUUUUAAUUUUGAAAAUGAUUUUUCAAAAAUUGUUUUGUUUUUGUGUCGCCGUUUUGGAGACCCAACCCUGGGUGAGAGAAGCAAGAAGAAACUCGGAAUUUAUUUUGA